UGAGGGAGGGCGCGGCUCUUGGACCCAAGGGGGUGGGCCGAGGCCUGGAGGUGGUGUUGGGGGGGGGGAUUCCUGAGCAAGAUGGCGGGGUGCAGGGGGUCCCUGUGCUGCUGCUGCCGGUGGUGCCGCUGUUGCGGGGAGCGGGAGACCCGCACCCCCGAGGAGCUGACCAUCCUUGGCGAGACACAGGAAGAAGAGGACGAGAUCCUUCCAAGGAAAGACUAUGAGAGUCUGGACUAUGACCGCUGCAUCAAUGACCCUUACCUGGAGGUGUUGGAGACCAUGGACAAUAAGAGGGCCCGCAGGCACGAGGCGGUGAAAUGGGUCUUGGUGUUUGUCAUCGGCAUCUGCACUGGGCUGGUGGGGCUCUUCGUGGACUUCUUCGUGCGCCUCUUCACACAGCUCAAGUUUGGGGUGGUAACGACGUCUGUGGAGGAGUGUACCCAGAAAGGCUGCCUUGCCCUGUCUCUGCUGGAGCUCCUGGGCUUCAACCUGACCUUCGUCUUCCUGGCCAGCAUUCCUGUCCUCAUUGAGCCAGUAGCAGCAGGUUCAGGAAUCCCUGAGAUCAAAUGCUACCUGAAUGGUGUGAAGGUGCCAGGGAUUGUUCGGCUCCACACUCUGCUCUGCAAGGUCUUUGGGGUGCUGUUCAGCGUGGCUGGAGGGCUCUUUGUGGGAAAGGAAGGACCCUUGAUUCACAGCGGAGCUGUUCUGGGUGCCGGACUGCCGCAGUUCCAGAGCAUCUCUCUACAGAAGAUCCAGUUUAACUUUCCCUAUUUCCGAAGUGACAGAGACAAGAGGGACUUUGUAUCAGCAGGGGCGGCUGCUGGGGUCGCUGCCGCUUUUGGGGCACCCAUUGGGGGCACCCUGUUCAGUCUGGAAGAGGGUUCAUCUUUCUGGAACCAGGGACUCACGUGGAAAGUGCUCUUUUGCUCCAUGUCUGCCACCUUCACGCUCAACUUCUUCCGUUCUGGGAUCCAGUUUGGAAGCUGGGGCUCCUUCCAGCUCCCGGGGUUGCUGAACUUCGGUGAGUUCAAGUGCUCUGACUCUGAUAAAAAAUGUCAUCUCUGGACAGCUAUGGAUUUGGGGUUCUUCAUCGUGAUGGGGGUCAUCGGUGGCCUCUUAGGAGCCACAUUCAACUGUCUGAACAAGAGGCUCGCCAAGUACCGGAUGCGGAACGUGCACCCCAAACCUAAGCUCGUCAGAGUCCUUGAGAGCCUCCUGGUGGCUCUGGUGACCACCGUGGUGGUGUUUGUGGCCUCAAUGAUGUUGGGCGAGUGCCGGCAGAUGUCUGAGGCCCAGCUGGGCAACGAUUCAAUACAGCUUCAGGUCUCCUCUGAUGUGAACUCCAGCAUCAAGACCUUUUUCUGCCCCAACGACACCUACAACGAUAUGGCGACGCUCUUCUUCAAUGCCCAGGAGUCAGCCAUCCUCCAGCUGUUCCACCAGGAUGGUACCUUCAGCCCCAUCACCCUGGCCCUGUUCUUCGUCCUCUACUUCCUGCUCGCCUGCUGGACUUACGGCGUGUCUGUCCCCAGCGGCCUGUUUGUGCCAUCUCUUCUGUGUGGUGCUGCCUACGGGCGUUUAGUGGCCAAUGUCCUGAAAAGCUAUAUUGGACUGGGCCACAUCUACUCAGGGACUUUUGCGCUGAUUGGGGCCGCGGCUUUCCUGGGCGGGGUCGUCCGAAUGACCAUCAGCCUCACUGUCAUCCUGAUCGAAUCUACCAACGAGAUCACCUAUGGGCUGCCCAUCAUGAUCACCCUGAUGGUGGCCAAGUGGACGGGGGACUUCUUCAACAAGGGCAUUUACGACGUGCACAUAGGCCUUCGUGGGGUGCCGCUGCUGGAGUGGGAGACGGAGGUAGAGAUGGACAGACUGAGAGCCAGCGACAUCAUGGAACCCAACCUGACCUACGUGUACCCGCACACCCGAGUCCAGUCCCUGGUCAGCAUCCUUCGCACCACCGUCCACCACGCCUUCCCCGUGGUCACCGAGAACCGUGGCAACGAGAAGGAGUUUAUGAAGGGCAACCAGCUCAUCAGCAACAACAUCAAGUUCAAGAAGUCCAGCAUCCUGACACGGGCCUGUGAGCAGCGCCGUCGCAGCCAAUCCAUGAAGUCCUACCCAUCGAGCGAGCUGCGGAACGUGUGUGGGGAGCACAUCCCGGCCGAGGGGCCCCCGGAUGGGGAGGACCUGCUGCAGCAAAUGCUGGAGCACAGGCACACGCCCUACCCCAGCCUGUACCCUGACCAGUCCCCCAGCGAGGACUGGACCAUGGAGGAGCGUUUCCGCCCACUCACCUUCCAUGGCCUCGUGCUACGCUCCCAGCUCCUCACGCUGCUCGACCGUGGCAUCUGCUACUCCGAGAGCCAGUCGAGCGCCAGCCAGCCGCGCCUGUCCUACGCCGAGCUGUCCGAGGACUACCCACGCUGCCCCAACAUCCACGACCUGGACCUCACGAGGCUCAACCCACGGAUGAUCAUGGAUGUCACUCCGUACAUGAACCCGUCACCCUUCACCGUGUCGCCCAACUUGCACGUCUCCCAGGUCUUCAGCCUCUUCCGAACCAUGGGCCUGCGGCACUUGCCGGUGGUGAACGCGGUGGGAGAGAUCGUAGGCAUCAUCACGAGGCACAACCUCACCCAUGAGUUCCUGCACGGCCGCCUGCGUCAGCACCACCAGACCAUGUGAUGGCCACACCAAGAGGACAUGGGCCCAGGGCGGCCUUCGGCCCCUGGGAGUCGGCACUUGCCUGACUUUCUCAGCACGGAUCGGCCCUAAUCUGCUCCCCACCUUCCGACCAGCGUCGUGGCACAGGCCAGGGCCCCUGCUGGCUCUGGGACUGGGGGGACACCAUGAGCCCUCCCAAGGGGAGCCCAGAUCAGAUGCCCUACCCCCCAUCCUGCACCCCUGCUUGCUGCUUUCCUAGGGAGCCAGCUGUUGCCUUAAGCCCUGGGGAAUUGAACUCUGGUCCACAAAAAAUGGGGCACCCAGCACAGAAUCACAGAAGUCUUAGUGAGAACUUGAGUGGAGCAGUGCCCCCGGUUUCCAGCCCUCACUAGGACCUGACUCUGCCCACCUCUGCUGGUUUGCCUGGGGGCUGCUCCCUGCUGGUGUCCAGGUCUCCCCCUGCCUCCCUAAGAGCCUCCCUGGGAUCCCCUACUUCAGAAGCACAUGGACCCCCCCCCACCCACUCAUGAUCGCUGGGCAGCGGCCCCUCGGUGUCACCUCAGCCUUCUCCAGACCCUAUCACCUGCCUUAUGCUGGCAGCUCCCAUCCUCCUGCCUCUUUGCCUCAUCCCCCAACUGCUGAACAUGAGCUUAUUUUUUUUAACCUCCUGCUGAGGCAGUUGCAACCCAGAGGGUCUUGGGGUCAGCCCCAAGUUAAGAGCAGGACACCUCUAGGAGUGACCACCUUGCUGCUGGUGGGCACUGAGCACUGUAGGGAUUUGUGCAGCAGAAGAGCCACUGGGAGGUGAGACUGGGGGGGGAGCAGCUGGUUUACAGAAGGAAGAGGGUGUCCGCCCAUUCUGAGCCCCCCACUCUCCAGCAGCUCUGCAGGUCAUCUCCGGAGGGGCUGGGCAACUGAGCCCAGAAGUGCCCCCUGUAUCCAGGUGCCGCUUGUCCCUCCAGGCUGCUGGUUCCUCACUGCCAAGGGCCCGGCCUAAGCCCCUGAGCAGCAGGCCACAUCCUUCCUCCACUUGAGCUUCAGGACUCAGUGCACAGCCCGUUGCAUUGGGCAUGGACAUUGUCUGCCCGACAUGGACGGUUUUCAUCCCUCAUGGCCUUUCUGACCCCCAGGAGCCCUCCCAUCCUGCUGCGUCUCCACACUUUAUCCCUGGAUCAAUGUCGACUUUUCCGAGGUGCACCCAGCUUGUGGAUUCCUGCCCAGCCUAGCAGGAAUCCGCCUCUCAAGUCCCGAGACA